UCUUUUGGGGGAAACAAAAUUCUGAAAUAUUUGAAAGGCCUGCCAUGUUAUUACCUUCUUUACACUGUUCUUCUCUCCCUAACUCAAAUACCCCAAAAAACCCUAAUAUACUCUCCUCUUUUCUCCCAUAGCAAACUAGCACCAUCACAUACCUGUGGAGGAGAUCGCUACCGAAAAAGUGAACUCCUAUUGGUUCCCUAGAAAGAAUUCACAAUUCAAGAACCCCUAGAACUCUUGUUCACGAAAAUCAACCAAAUAAUAGUAAUCUAACCACUGGAAGGAUUACAACUGGCAUUGAAUAUAGCCGCCCUUUUAGAACAAGAUGGAGUAGAACAACAUGUUUCUUUUACAUGCACUCCCUCCAAAGUGGCAUUGGAAAACGAAAACAUUGUAGAAGAUGGACGUGCAACAAUCAGUAGCAGACCAAUUCUCAAAUCUGCAUCCAUGUAUGCCUCUGAAUACAAGAAUAGGCAUAACAGGAGGUGACCCAAGUGGUUUAUCAGCAGCUUAUGCGCUAGUUAUGAUGGGAGUUUAUAUACUUGUAUGCAUCACCUACAAACUCUAAAUAGGUUUGUGGCUGGAACUGGAAAAGCUUCUCUCAGGUUGGUUGAUAUUAAGAGUGGAAAUCGAUUAUAUUCUUUGAUGAAAUUGACGGACUUGCCCCUAUGAGAUCAAGCAAACAAGAACAGAUUCACAACUCCAUUGUCUCAACUCUUCUUGCAUUAAUGCAUGGUUUGGAUUCAAGGGGACAAGUGGUUUUAAUCGGGGCAACAAACCGGAUCGAUUCGGUUGAUGGAGCAUUGAGAAGAACCGGUAGAUGUGAUCGUGAGUUUACUUUCCGAUUACCUGGUUUGGAUGCACGUGUUGAAAUUCUAGAUAUUCAUACAAGAAAAUGGAAGCAACCACCUGUAAAAGAGUUGAAAUUGGAGCUUGUUGAAAGUUGUGUGGGGUAUUGUGGAGCUGAUUUGAAAGCUCUUUGUACUGAAGCUACUCUACGUGCUUUUCGUGAAAAAUACCCUCAGGUUUACACCAGUGAUGAUAAGUUUUUGAUAAAUGUUGAAUCUGUUGAGGUUAAAAAUAAGCAUUUAAUGGAAGCCAUGUCAUCAAUUACACCUGCUGCACAUAGAGGUUCGGUUGUACAUUCUAGACCUUUUUCUCCAGUUGUAUCGCCAUGUCUGGAAAGUCAUUUACAAAAUUCCAUGAGGAUCUGGGACCUUCUAUUCUACAUGAACUGGAAAAUUUUCCUGUUCAUGCCCUUGGACUUUCUUCUCUUUUAUCUGAUCUGAGUGCUAAGACACCAAAGGAAGCUUUGGUUCUUGUUUUUUGUGAAUCAAGGAGAACUAUACCUUCCAUACUCUAUUUACCUGAAUUUCAUCUUUUGUGGGAAAAUGCACAUGAUCAACUAAGAGUUGUGCUACUGACUUUAUUGGCAGAAUUGCCAUCAGACUCCCCCAUAUUAAUUCUUGGAACAUCAUUUGUUCAGCUUAAUGAUGCCAAAGAGUACAAACCUGUGGUUUUACCUUCAAUUUCUGAGGAUGGAACAUUCUAUAUGUGGGAGACCAACACCUGGACAUCAGAAUUGUGGUCUUCAACAAGUGGCUUUGUUACGACUAGGCUUAGAGCAAUGGUUGCAAGAGAUGAGUUAAGAAGAAUAAGAAACAAGGCUGCAACUAUAGUUCAGGUACUAUGGAUGAAUUAUGUUUGUAAAGUAUUAAGAAUGUCACACCCCAAAACCGGAACGACGGAAACGUUCUGGGGUGGAUGACGUCAUGUCAAGUAUCACAACACAUGCAUUAUAGUAUUCAAAGUACAACAGAACAUUGCAUUAAUAGUAAUAGUUUUACAUGGUUUACAUUACAAUAUAUCAAAGUAAUACAAGUAAUAAUCUAAGAGCAGCUUGGCACAAAACCGUCUUCAAUAGAAGCUCCUGGAAUGUACCUGUCUAAAGCUGACAUGAGAAUACAAGUUAUUUGAAAAGCGAGUAUCAGCAUUUUUACAAAUGCUGGUGAGUUCAUAAGUAUUUAGUGUCAUUUUAUGCAAAUAACUUUAAUAAAAUUGGUAGUUUUUGAGUGUCCAUUACAUUAGUGUCUUUUCCAGAAAAUCCUAUAUUUUCUUCAAUAAAAGCAGUCUUCUACCAAGACUGGACAGGGUUAUGUGGUAAAAAGGUAGUUUUCCCUUAAUCGCUAUCACUAUCAAAAUAUAGAAUUUGAUUAUUAAAGAAAGCAGAAGAGAUCAGGGAAAAUAACAUAUGCCUCAGCAGUGAAGACUGCUGACUAAGGCAAGAGGAAUCAUAGACUCCAGGAGAGUAUCGAACGAACGAUGCGUCUGGCUAAGUCUAACAAAAGAGACACAGACCCCAGACGGUACCAAAUGAAAGGUACGGCUAGCAAGGUCUAAAAACAGAGGAUAUAGACCCCAGACAAUAUCAAAUGAAAGAUACAGCUAGUAAGGUCUAAAUUAUGAGAGAGAGAGUGUAAAAGGGGUGGAAUGAAGUCCAUUCCCCCUUAUAUAUGGGUUGGAGUUGGAGCUCAGUGGGAAUCUACCCGAUACUGCCGUCAAACGUGGCUUUUCUGUCGCACCCGAUUUAGUGGUGGUAAUAAAAUUAACUUUUUCCAAAUUAAUAUGGAAAUGCAACUUAAGUGGUUUUACUUUAUUUUAUUAUGACGAAAAACGACGUAGAAUAUAAAUAAAUAAAACAUUUAUUUAUUUUACGACCUCAAAUUAACGGAGCUUGUAUAAAAUGGAAUAUUCCGUUAAUAGUAACAGGGUAAUGUAACGGAAUAAACUUUGGGUUGUCUCAAAGAAAAUGAUUAGAAACAAGGGUGAAUUUGUGCAAAUUGGUUUCCUACUUGCAGGUUGAUCUUGAAUAAGCAAAGGGGCAAUGGAUUGUAUUUUUUGUAUCUAAUUCAUUUGUAAAAUUUU